AAAAGCUGAAUAUAAAAUUGUAAAUUUAAUUUUACGCACUUUAUACGUUUAUAACGAAGAAGUGUUUCGUGUAGACUCCAAUUAAUUUCCGCUGGAUAUGGAGUAAAAUUCUGGCUUCCGUCAUCUGCGGCUUUUUCAGUAUCGCACAACGUGUAUACACACAGCUAUUUUUUUGCGAUAAGCGUUCAUUUUUUAUUUCCUUCUGAAGUGAUAUUUAUCCGCGUUUGAUGUAGUCAAGAAAGCAUGGUGGCGGAGGAAACCGCUUACCUUUUCUUUCUAGUCACUCAAACCCUCGUGGCUGUGGUUACUUGUGAGCUUCAAUUGUUCACAAACCACUAUGUUGCCGAAGUGGAGGGCGGAGAACGGGAGGCGCGUGCACUGGCCCAACACUACGACUUAAGGCUGAUGGAAACGACGUUGUUUCCGAAUUUCUAUCACUUUAUGGACAACAGGCAGCCAAAAGUGAGGCACCAACCCUCAUGGAGACUCACAAGAACAAUUAAAGGACAUCGAAAGGUUAAGUAUGUGGAGCAGCAAGUGCUGACUCCAAGACUACUAAGAGACUACAGGGUUCAAAAAUACGGUUUCCAAAUCAGUGCUGAUUUCAACGACCCGUAUUAUGACAGAUUGUGGUAUCUGCACGGCCGAGGCUUGCUUAAAGCAGGGAAGGGAGCCGCACAAAAUAUUAAUGUGGAGCCUGUGUGGAAUCGGCAUAUUACAGGCCGAGGAGUGGUUCUCUUUGUGCUUGACGACGGUCUGCAGUCGCAAAACAAGGAUAUUGCCUCAAACUACGAGUCCAUCAACGAUUGGGACGUGAGCGACAUCAAUCACCCGCUUCCAACGGCGGCUCCAAAAAAAUCUGAAGACUUCCACGGCACCUACUGUGCCGCGACUAUAGCUGGAGUGGCAAACAAUUCAUUUUGCGGCGUCGGCGUUGCUUUCAAUUCUAAAAUUGGGGGGAUACGCGUGCUUGGCAAAAAGAUAUUGACGGAUAUGCAAGAAUCGAUGGCUCUGCGAUUGUGGUUAAGCAACGGCGACGUCGCGAGUGCCUCCUGGGGCCCCAAGGACAACGGCAAAACUGUCGAGGGCCCCAAGCGGCUAGCAGCAAAGGCGUUACACAUUGCCAUCACCGAGGGUCGUGCUGGCAAGGGGGCAAUUUUGGUGUGGGCUGCGGGCAACGGGGGAAUAUACGGCGAUAAUGCUAACAUGGACGGUUACGCUUCAAGCAUUUACACGAUUACAAUCGGAGCACUUUCCUAUGAUGGCUCUUCUUGCUUAUAUUCUGAGCCCGGGGCGUCGGUCAUGGCAAGCAUUCCUGUUUCUGGAUUCUCAUUGGGAGCAAUCGGAAUUUCAGUGGUUGUGCCAAAUCUUGACGGCACGUGCAGAGAAAAUUUUCAAGGAACGUCGGCCGCGGCUCCCAUCGCCGCGGGUGUAGUAGCCCUCAUGCUCGAGGCGAACCCUGAAUUAACCUGGAGAGAUGUGCAGCACUUGAUUGUGUUGACGGCGAAAACAUCUGGAAAUAGAGACACAAUCCUCAGAAACGGCGCUGGUUUAAGAUACAGUUUGAAGCAAGGCUUCGGCUGUUUAGAUGCAGACCUGAUUGUGCACGCCGCAGAGCACUGGAAAAAUGUUCCACCGCAGAGAACAGAAAUUUAUGGAACGAAUUUUGUUGAAAGAAGCAUCCGUCUCCCCCAUGGAAACACUACAUUUUUUAUCAGAGUACCAGAGUCGAAAAUAGGAAGUCUAGAGCACGUUGUUUUGUAUCUGACCAUAGAGCACAACUACCGCGGAGCGCUGGAGAUAUUCCUCACGUCGCCGUCAGGCACCGUUUCGCAAGUGCUGACAAAACGCGCCUUUGAUGACAGUAAAAAGGGAUUCGCGAGCUGGCCCUUUAUGAGUGUCCACUUUUGGAACGAGAAACCAGAGGGAGUGUGGACUGUGACGGUGGGCAACAGCGCACACAGCUCCGGCCAAUUGACAAAUGCCAAACUGAGGUUAUAUGGACACUGACACAAUACACAUUUUAUUUUCUAGAUCUCUUGUUGUUACUCCUGUUUAAAUAUAUACGUAUUUGUUGAAAGUCA